AUGUUGGAACAAUUAUCAAAAGAAUUUGAAAACCGUUUCCAAGAUUUCAAAUCACAUAUGACUUCAUUUCGGCUGAUUGAAAAUCCAUUUCUGUCUGAUGAAAAUAAUGUUCAUGAAACUGUUCAACUUGAACUUAUUGAUUUAAAAACAAAUAAUCAUUUGAAAGAUUUAUAUAAAGAUAUCACAGAUAAAAAUACAGAUUUAAUACAUUUUUAUAAGACUCUUACUGAUGAUUUUCCAAAAAUAAAAGAAUUAUCAAUGCGUAUAUUUACAUUAUUUGGUUCUACAGUUCUACUUAUAUUUGCGAACAAACGUUUUCACGCAUGA